AAGGAACCGGUUUUACCUCCUCUUGUCUGGCUUUGUUGUUCUCGCAUAUAGUCCCAAUUGUGCAGAAUUGUCAUUGUUAUUGCUGCAAGUCGUUCAUCUCAGACUAGCAAGCCCAAAGCACAUCGCACUUCGUCGAAGCGUCAAGGUACCCGCAUUGUUCUCUGGCCGCACCGAGCUCAAGUUCGAUGCCCUCGGACCAUGCCGCCGUAGGCUGUAACACGUGUACCAUGGCACCACCAGAUCCGCAUCGCUGGACUUACACAGACUAUGUAUGCUUUUUACGAAGUCACGGCUUCCACAACCUCGCGUGCCUGGACGACUAUCUUCGGUGGGGGGUGGAAGCAGCUCGAAAUCCAGCAGUUCCACGACCCCAACGAGCAACCACAAUCUUGUUGGAGUUUGGAACAUCAAGUUUUCGGACCUCAGAUUUGACCGACACCACGAAACUCAGGGUUUUGCUGAAAGAAUGGACGAAGAAGACCCCAUCCACGCCCACGUCCACCACACCGUCCAAUGUACAAGGACGCAUCGUCAUGGUCAACAACAUCAGCCCCGAAAUGGUCGAUACGCUCGGCGGCCUCCUCAACAUUGAACCGGCAUUCUUUGCCUCUCACCUUGCAGAUCAUGGAAUUGGAAGCACAGGGGAAGUCAACACGUCCUCACCAUUGGCCUCACAGAAUCAACGACAUCAAAAACAUUUCUUCACCAUCGAAUACCCAUGUGCCUUUGUUGCGCACAAUUGCGGCAAGGAUGUGGAUAUCGAUAAGCUCUACUGCAAGGGCAACUACCGGAGACGAGUGGAGGUGUGCUCGAAAUACGGCAAACACAAGGUCGCUCUUGCUCGAAGGAAGAUAUCAUUCUACAUGAAGAAAUCACUGGAACCGUGGCUAUGCGUCGUCCUCGUGGACCCGCCCAUGACACACUUCACCCUCGGUGCUGAGACGAGCUUCGGGGCGUACUCCCACACCCAACGCAUGGACAUAUCCGGAUACCAGGGUGGAUAUCUCGACUUUAUCGAGAUGCGCCGCCCGGGCAGCAAGGACUCUCACGACUUCCGCGCGUGUGGCUCUCGUCCCAUGUGCCCAAACCCGUUCGACGAUCUCUGUCGACAUUGGCACAUCAUGGCCCGGGACGGACUCCUCAACCCCUCCGACAGAAACAUGCUCAACCUGAUGCGGCCGGCCUUUCAGAUCGCCGCCAGCGAAUGCACAAACUUUUUCGAGUACAUCCGGUCGACGCUCGAAAGCCAGCCCAUCUCGACGGCGCUCGCGCUCGAGCCACAGAGGGCCAAGAGGAUCCUCGACAAGGUCAUCUCCCUGGACUCGAUGCUGAGCCGGUACAAACCCAUCCUCACCCGCAUCAAGUCCUUCGUCGGCGCCGACUCGGACCUCAACGACGACUACCGCGCUUUGCUGAUCGACCUACACCACUACCGCGCCGAGUGCGACAGCCAAAUGCAGCACAUCCUCGCGGUCUCACAGGUGCAGGAUACGACGUCCCUGGCGUCCAUCGAGUUCGAAUCCACCAGGCAAGCCGACUACUCGCGGUACUUGACCAUCAUCGCCCUGAUAUACGUGCCCUUUGCCUUGGCGUGCGCCAUCUUCAGCCUGCCCCACGACUUUGCGCCGGCCGCGCACUACCUGUACGGCUUCCUGCCCGCCACGGCGGGCGUGGCCGUCGUGUUCAUCCUUCUCGUCUUGCCGGAGGCGCGAGAUCCGCUUCCGAUCAUCAAGGCCUCCCUGUGCGGAGGCCUGACCAAGAAGAGAUUGCUCGCGAAGCCGGGUGGUAACAAGGGCACGACCCCGUCAUCACAGAGCGAAAAGUACGUCGAGGAGGUAUGACAUUUGGAUGGGAUGGGAGCCGUGUGUCACCGAUCGGCGUCUAGGGCGUCUCGAGAACACUUUCCCUCUUGUUUUCGUUUUCGCUUUUCGUGAAGUUAUUUGACAAUCAAGAACCAGUCAGACUUAUCCCAUCUUCUUGUCUCUCGCCAGUUGCGUCAUGACACUUUUGAUGGUGGGAACACCCUAGGGUACUUUCAUAUUCAGAGUUGGCACAUCCUGACUCUUGAGGAGUCAAUACGGACACGAUGCUAUGAUUUUGGGCAAGAGGGGAGGGCUUUUCCGUGCAUACCCUCAUGGAUGGAUGGAUCCGGUGGUUGGCUGGCUACUUUUUUCACCUUUUUGCAAAUGCGCCCACGAACCAUGAAACCUGGUGGGAUGAAUGAACAAUCCAUUUUUGGGGUAUGCGUUACAGCUACGGCCCAUGAUGCAAGGCAUGCGAGGUCCUCAUGAAAUGGAACAAAGUCCUCGCAUAGAUAUACGAAAUAAAUACCAAGCAA